GGAAAGAUUUGUGAUAAAGAAGACACCAGGCAGGGAUGUUGCUAUCUUCUUAAAAGGCCAUCAGUUUCAUUUCCUGAAACACAGUCACAUGAUAAAGAGGUGUGGUUGAGUUUUCCUAUAGUCUGUGGACACUUCCUCAAGCAAGUUGGUGCCGAUAUCACGAUGACAAAAUAUCUACUGUACCUGUAGAAGCAGAUGUUUGAAGAAUGAAUAUCGUCCCAGGUCAAAUCCAGUUCCAAUUACAAUUACCAACGGUAUCUGUGGUUCCAAGGAAAACGGAUCCAAUUAUAAAAUGCAUUAUUGACAGAAAGUUGGAGAAACUAAAGAAAUUGAUCAGAGGCGGCAAGGACUUGAAUAGACAGUACCCUUGUGCUGAGUGGAAUGACGAUGUUACCCCUUUAAUUGCUGCUGUUGCAUUUACAAAUGACAAUAUUUGUACAUUUCUUCUGAAAGAAGGUGCUGACCCCAACAUCCAAUCAACAAAUGGUUGGGCUCCUUUGCAUUAUGCCGCAAUGUCAAAAGCUCCUGUCAGUUUAGUGAGUAGAUUAAUCGCAGCAAAAGCAGAUCCAGAAGGGGCACCAAUCCAAAUGUUAACUCCACUUCAAUUGGCAGCUAACAAUGACAGAGAAGACAUUGUGAAACAGUUGAUGAUGUCUGGAGCAUUUGCUGAAAGAAAUCUCAAAGCAUAUCCCGCUACUGACCAAAAGAUAGCAAGCAUGAUUCAGAAAUUCUCUUCAGAGAGUGAGAAUUUUGUCAAAUUGAAGAUUUUUUAUGAUUUUUCUUGUGCAAUAGGACUCAAAUCAGUGGAGGAUGUUUUCAAUGAAUAUGGCAAACACAUGCUGGUGGUGAACCCUGUGAAUCAUCUCACACUAUAUGACAUGUCUUUUAACGCCAUUGGACAAAAUGCGGAUCAGUAUCGUCAAGCAUCCAUAAAGUGGCUGAGAGAAUCUCAGAAAAUUGAUCUCUACAUUGAGGAGGCAACCAAUCGUUUGCCUAAAAUUCCCAAACAUUUACAAGAUAUGGUAGUGAAUUGCUUGACAGCUGUUUUUAACAUUAUGAAAGAAAUAUCUCUUGGACUGUCACUGGUAGUAAUACCCCCUCUUCUGAAAUACCUCACACAUGAAUCCAAAAGUACCCCUCAAGGACUAAAUCGCAACAUUUCAGUUGUCAGACUACUGUAUGUGAUUACUCAGAAAGCUUCAAAUCACAAACAUGGCUGGACCCUCCCUUUUGUUGAGGAGUUAUGCAAGAGGAUCAUCUCAUUCACUGAUCAAGCAUAUCUCGCCAAUCCUCAGACCUCAAACUUAGGUGUUUUAACUUUUGGUCUGCUUGCAGAUCUGUACACCUUCAACUGUGUACCUGCGAUUAUCACAUCGCGAGGGAUAACCUCUGUGCCGGAGAAAAUACUUGUUACUGCCGAAAUGGAGAUGGAUGAAGAUCUGAAAGAAAAGCUAAGGAAAUUAGAUAUGUCCCUACGAAGUCCAGUCCCACCAACGGAUACAACUGAACAAUUGCAGGGAAUGAAUCUAUCAAAGAAGAAGAAGAAGAAGAAGAAAAGAAGAAACAAUUCAGGAAGAGUUGUCGGUAGAGAAAGUACACCUGCCAUGACUGAGAAGCCAGAUCUUGAUGCUUCAUCAAUUCCAGUUGAAGAAUCUGGUGUACAUGGUGAACAUUCCAGUGUUAAACCAUUUCCCUCCACCACCGAAGAAUUGAAACCUCGGAAAUGGCACAAAGUUAGUGAGCGGUGGAGGCCUCAGUUGGAGGAACUCAGCAACAUAGAUGCAGGCAAGGUUUACAGAUUGGGAAAUCUCAAUCUUGUCGUCCAUCCAGAUUUCCAAAUAGCCAAAGGAAGUGAUGGAACUGAAGUCUUUCUGGGCUUGAAGGAUGAUGGUACUGAGGUAGCCGUGAAGAGAAUGCUCAAGUCAAACUACCAAGAUCUGAAGAGAGAAGAGGGUUUUUUAAGACUACCUCAGCUGGAUAGUCCAUGCAUUGUGAGAUACGUGGACUUUGCAGAGGACGAGCACUUCGGUUACCUUGUUCUUCAGCUCUGUGAAUACACCCUUGAUGAAUACAUCAAAGACCACCUACCAGAGGACAAGACCCCUGUCCUGAAGAAAAUAGUGCACGAGGUGCUCUGCAGUCUAAGCGUUCUGCAUAGUCUAAACACAAAAAUUCUGCACCGGGAUAUCAAACCCCAGAAUGUUUUAAUAGAUGUUACAGGCAGAGCGAGAUUAGCCGAUUUCGGUAUAAGUCGACAAUUGAACAUGGGACAAACAACUCUACAUACAAUCAGUGCAGGAACAAAAUGUUGGAAGGCCAGAGAAACUUUAGAUGAAGACAGUGGGAUCGGAUAUAAGAGGAGCACCGAUAUUCAGGUGGCCGGGAUGUUAAUGUAUUACAUCAUCUCUGGUGGACAUCAUCCAUUUGGCAAAGGCAUCCAUUGUGAAGUUAACAUUUUUCAAGGGAAGUACACACUGGAACAUGUUGAGGAUGAAGUGGCCAAGGACCUCAUUGAGUGGAUGAUCAAUGAAGACCCAGAGAAGAGACCUACAGUGGAGGACACACUGGCCCACCCAUACUUCUGGCCAGAGGAGAGGAGAGUGGAGUACUUACGAAAAAUUGGUAACGAGAAGGAAGCAGAGAACUGUCGCAAAGCAGACCCAAAACUCCUUCUGGCUUUGGACCAGUGUGCUGAGGCGAGGUCGUUCACAAAGUGGAAGUCCAAGAUGCCGCCUGAGUUGAUGAACAAGUUGGAUGGUAAAAAGAAGGCCUACCCAGACAACACAUUGGGUUUGUUGCGCUUCAUACGCAACCUUCAUGAGCACUACACUGAGGAUGCAGAUUCUGUUGACAUAUUGACAAUGUUCCCUGAUCUCUUUGGAUGCGUCUACAAGUUUGCGAAGAAAAUGGAGUGGAAUUCAAGAAGUAGUCUGAAGAAAUGGUUUCACAGAGAAGAUGUAAGAUAAUGACUCUGACAUUUGGAAGAUUAACACUGACUAACUUCUGAAAUCUUGGCUUGACUUUUCUGUUGCCAUUAAAUGACUCACUAGUGUAAGUGUUAGAUGAAUGUUCUUUAGAGGAAAUCAAGAGUCUAUGCAGCACUUUGCCUCUGUUUGCCUACUUGGUGUUUUGGCCAUUUUCUUACGUCAUUAUAACAGUACUUAUCUCAUAAGCUAACAUGAAAUAUAUACAAUAUUUUUUAUUAGAAUGUGAAAUGUAACGAUACUUCGUAAUAUUAUUCAAUUUGCCUCCGUUUAUUUUAUUCAUGGUUUGUUUACUGUAUGUAUAAUAUCAAUGACACAUACUGUACAUACAUACAACUUCUCUGUUGAAAAGUAUUGAAAUGAGCUGAAUCUAUUAAUAAAGUGUAACAUCUGGAUAGUAUA